UGCCCCGCCGCGCGGCUCUGCGUGCGCCGCCCCGCCAUGGAGCAGGGACCAGCGGGGGGGCCCGCUGCUGGUACCGCCGCCACCACCGCAACCACCACCACCGCCGCUACCACUGCCGCCGCUACCACCGCCGCUACUGCUGCCUCCGGCAUCGGGGGUCUGCUCCUGCCGCUGAGCGAGAGCGAGCAGCAGCGCUACUCCGAGCUCUUCUCGCGGUGCUGCCCGCCCCCCGAGGCGGCCGCCGGGGGCAGCAGUGUGGGCGAGCUGUUCCGGGCCUCGCAGCUGCCCCCGGACACGCUGCACCAGAUUACCGAACUUUGUGGAGCCAAGCGUGUGGGUUAUUUUGGUCCUGCUCAAUUUUAUAUUGCUUUGAAGUUAAUUGCAGCAGCUCAGUCAGGGUUCCCAGUACGGAUUGAGAGCAUUAAGAAUGAACUGCCCCUGCCACGGUUUAUGGCGCUGAAAAAUGACAGUGAAGCACGUUACGGGACUCCAGCAGAGCUCCAUGGAGUUAAGUUUCAGGUUCCACAUGCAACUUUGGAAAAAAAUUCCUACAAAAGAACAGAUGAAGGGGACAAACAGGAGCCCAGAUCUCCUCCAGUGUCUCCAAUAUGCUCACCUCCUGCUUCUCCAUCUACUUACCAGAGAAUACCCCUAAGUUAUGGAUAUGGUAAAUCAAGAAGUGGUCUGGAGCAGCAGCACGGAGUUCCUUAUGAAGUCAGACACUCUGCCCACCAGCAAGAUGGACCAUCAUCAGGGAAUUACGGAGCCAAGCCUUCACUCACCUGCUCGACUCCAAAUCGGUCUCUUUCAGCAGAGCGGGAGCAACAGGACAGCAGCACCCACUAUUCAGAUGACCCUUGGAGGAUAACGGAGGAGCAGCGAGACUACUAUAUCAACCAGUUCAGGUCCUUGCAGCCUGACCUGAACUCCUUUGUUUCAGGUUCUGUGGCAAGGAAUUUCUUCACAAAAUCAAAGCUGCCUAUCCCAGAGCUUUCUCACAUCUGGGAGCUGAGCGAUGUGGAUUGUGAUGGGGCGCUGACACUCCCGGAGUUUUGUGCCGCUUUCCACCUUGUGGUUGCAAGGAAGAAUGGUUAUCAGCUGCCCGAGACACUGCCAGAAACACUGCUGCCAGAGUACCUCCAAGCAGCUUCUCUGAAGCCCAUGUGUGACUGUGCAUUAUUUGAUUCUUAUUCUGAGCCAUUGCCAGGCAGUCAGCAGACUCGGGACUUCAGUCGGUCAGAGAAGACAUCAGCUGAAGAGAUACCUGAUAACUCUGGCCUGUUACAAGAUGGAAAGAAAGAUGACAAAGAAGCUCUUAAAGUGAACACUGUUCUCAAAACGAUACCAAAGGAAUUUCAGCACUUGACUGUGAAAACAGCCACUCAGGAAUCUAAUGCACUUAAAGCCAGACCACGAUCCAGGUCUUACUCUAGUACAUCAAUAGAAGAUGCCAUGAAAAAGGGAGAAGAACCCCCUACUCCACCUCCAAGGCCACAGAAAUCCCAUUCCAGAGCUUCCUCUUUGGAUCUGAACAAAAUAUUUCAACAAAACACACAAGCUGUGAGGUCUGGCUGGCUGCCUCCACCACCGCCUGCACUGCCCCCUCGACCUUCUGUGUCUCAGACAGAGCAACCAUCUGAGGUUGAAUUACAUCCUCAGAUGAAUAGACCUCCGGUGCAGGCAGAAGAAAACAGUUCAGCAAAAAAGGAGGUUGUUCUUGCUCAGCCGCCUUCCAAACCCACCCGCAGGAAGCUCCGGGCAGAGGCACAGGGGCUGGAGACCCCUGAGCUUUCUCCCACUAUAAAUGUGACUUCUUCUGCACCAGCAGUCAAGCCUCACCUCCCAGUCCAAAAACAGUCUUCCAAGCAGAAAAGGGCUAUUCAGACUGCUAUACGAAAAAACAAAGAAGCCAAUGCUGUGCUCGCCAGGUUGAACAGUGAGCUCCAGCAGCAGCUGAAGGAGGUUCACAAGGAACGAAUUGCCUUGGAAACGCAGCUGGAGCAGCUACGUCCUGUCACAGUCUUGUGACUUCCCUCACUGCCAUGCAGCAGCAAAAGCAGAGCAUGUGUCCCAGCAGCCUUGCAAGAAGAGGAGCCUGGUGGGGCCAAGCAAGGUUUCUGCCAAGCUGGUGAUGGUGGGGGAGGACCGGCUUGUUGGGUCUCCCUUCACCCCACGUCACGCAAUUGCCUUUGCAGAUGAAGAAGGUACAGAAAAUAAAUAUCUGACUGCUGGAUGUUUCUGAGCUGAGGGAUGCUUUGCCUGUUUUCCUCCCUCUUCCCAGUCUAACGUGUAAAUGCAGUUUAUCACUGAAAUGAAUAACCUGAGAGUAUUUUAUUUAUGUAAAGAAUUACUGAUUUAUACAUGUUCUGUGAGCACCUCCUGCCCCAGUUCAUUGAGAGGUACAGUGUUCCUGGAUUCUUGCUUACAUUUAAAACUUAUUUCUCUGAGGCGGGCUAUUGGAUGCUACUGAUUCAUGUAGGAUUGUAUCAUGGUAGAGUUCCUGUGAGUUUAAUAUGCUACAGGAUUAAAACUCACUAGAUAUAGAGUCUUUAUCUGCAAUCACAUGUCAGAUAAUUAUUUUCUUAGUACUGUUUAUUAUGCAAUCAUGGAUGUAUUUUAAUGUUAGAGAACUUGUAUUUUAUAAGUUCAAAUCAUAUCAGAGAACAGUGAAAAAUACAAAAAUAUAAUUAUUUUGGUAAUUACCAAAAAAGAGUGGGUUUUGAGCUGUAACUGUUUCCUCUCGACUAGUGUUUGAUCACUUGCUUGCAACUACCAGUGUCUCUGCAUACUUUCAGCAUGUCGGAGAUCACUGAUUUAUAGCUUUUUUUUUCUUUACUUUUUUUUUUUUUAACCAACUGUAUUUCUAACAAGAGGUUCAAAAUGCAUUCGGGACAUUUUAUAAAAGCUAUUGUAUGUACCUUUGUAUUAGUCUGCUUUGUCUUAAUAGCUGCUCAUCUGUUCUAAGGAUGUGUACAAGAACUGUAUUUCCAAAAGAAGAAAGAUAGCAAAAGUGCUAUACAUGAGGUUACAAAAAGUGUGAUGGAAAUAAUUGCCUUCUACAACAGGAUUUCAUUAAGGUUCCUUUGUACCUCGCUGGAGAUGCUGCUGAUAGGGUGAAGUUGCUAAUGCCCAUCUAUUUUCUAAAUGAAGAAGCAGUGAUUAUUUUUUAAGCUGAUCCAGAGCAAACUGAAUCCCAUGAGGAUUUUUCCAUGGAUGCAGUGGUCCUUGGCUUCGGUCUCAGUUCUGGCAAUGGAAGCUGGCUCAGCGCUCUUAGAUGGGGUGACUUCAGACAUAACGAUGUUAGCCGUGCUCCCACCAUGGAUAUGAUGUGUACUUCAAUGCAAAAGAGUGUCACUUACUUGUUAUCCAUCUUAAAUGUGAUGCUGCAGGUGUUCAUGUCCUGUUGUUCACUGACCUGAUUUAAGUGUACAAGUUUGCCUUGCAGAAAUGAUGGCAAAGGUUUU